AUGUGGCUUCUUAGCGACGAUCCCAGAGUGGGUGCACCACCAAAAACGGCAGUCACCCAGGAAAACGUCGAUGCUGUGCGCAAACUCAUCAUUGAAGAUAGACAUGUGACAUAUCGCGAGAUUGAGGCCGUUAAUUGGUGUCAAAAAACGCUUGACGGUUUCAAUUCCGGAAACUCAAAAAAUGUGUACAGCAUUGUUAGUGAUGAUGAAUCGUGGAUUUACUGUGAAGAAAAGCCAACAACAGUCAUCCGUUCUCGAAGUGUUUCCGAGCUUCCAAAAAUCAACUCCGAAAGAAGAAUAAUCCUCCACCAAGACAAUGCAAGCUCGCACACAGCCCAAAAAACAAGUCCUAACGAUUUCUUUACUUUCCCGAAAAUUAAAAACAGACCACGUGGUCAAAGUUUCCAGUCACCAGAAGAAGCAGUUGACGCAUUCAAAAAUGCCUGGAAUAAGUGCUUCGAAAAUUGGUUCGAGCGCAUGCAGAUGUGUAUUAAUCUUCGUGGAGAAUACUUCGAAAAACAAUAA